CAUGGUGAACUCCCCCUCUGACUGACUGAGGAUGGUCAUGUUGACUCGCCUGCAACACGGGCAGUAACGUGCCUUCGGUGAAGAGCAGUAAACAAUCCACAAUAGCAUGAAGAAUACGAAUCGUCCCGAGUCUGUCUUCAGGAAUAAUCUGCUGUUUGAAGCUUCGGUGUCAUUUAUUGCAAGGCUUUGCGGUUCAUGUGCAUUUAAACACACGGACUGACUGGAUGCACUGAUGACUGAGGGCACUUGAUGGCACACAAAACGACGAGUUAACGUUACUUCGAGUCGUUUUGACCUGUGAUCAGCUGAACAGUGAUGCUCUUUAAGUGACACCGCUGCUGUUACUCUGCAAACAUAAAUUCAGAUCAGCCUGACGUCUCUGCAUCGGAACUAAUAAGCUUGGCUGUCAGAGAUGGACGGCAUCGGGAACACCAUGCAGAAGAAGGCUGCUGAGUUGGAGCGCAUGGCCGAAGUCCUCGUUACAGGAGAACAGUUACGCCUACGGCUCCAUGAGGCUAAGGUGAUCAAAGACAGGAGGCAUCAUCUCCGCACCUACCCAAACUGCUUUGUGGCCAAGGAGAUCAUUGAUUGGCUAAUUGAGCACAAAGAAGCAUCUGACAGAGAUACUGCCAUCAAGAUCAUGCAGAAACUUCUUGACCAGAGCAUCCUUCACCAUGUUUGUGAUGAGCACAAGGAGUUCAAAGAUAUGAAGCUGUUCUACCGUUUCAGGAAGGACGACGGAACCUUUCCAUUGGACAGCGAAGCCAAAGUUUUUAUGAGAGGCCAACGGAUAUAUGAGAAGUUGAUGAACACUGAAAACACCCUGCUGCAGACGCGUGAAGAGGAGGGUGUGACGUAUGAGCGGACGCUGGUGGCCUUAGAGUUUAUAGACUGGCUCCUGCAGGAAGGUGAAAUGCCCACCAGAGAGGAGGCCGAGCAGUUGGGACGCAGACUGCUGGAGCACGGCAUCAUUCAGCAUGUUUCUAACAAGCACCAUUUUGUGGAUGGCGGACUGCUUUACCAAUUCAGGAUGAAUUUCCGGCGGCGGCGGCGACUGAUAGAGCUUUUGAACGAGCGUUGUCGCAGCAUACCGGAGAACCAUGACAGCCCUUUCUGUCUGCGCAAACAGGGCUCUGAGGGGGGAAACACCAGCUUCCUUUCAGUGAGCCCCACUAAAGAGAUAAAGUUGGUGUCGGCUGUACGGAGGAGCAGUAUGAGCAGUAGUUGUGGCAGCAGCGGUUACUAUAGUAGCAGCCCCACACUCAGCAGCAGCCCCCCUGUGCUCUGCAACCCAAAGUCUGUGCUGAAGAGACAAGUGAGCCCAGAGGAACUUCAGGCUCCUGGUGGACCUUACAUAAAGAAGACAUUCACAAUUGUGGGAGACGCAGUGGGCUGGGGAUUCGUGGUGAGAGGAACUAAACCCUGCCACAUCCAGGCAGUGGACCCUGGCGGACCCGCUGCAGCAGUGGGAAUGAAGGUACAGUAGUCAUCCUGCAAAAGGAAAUUUAUUGUAGUGAGAAAACAUUAUGUCCAUAUUUUAUUCUAUUCUGUCCCAUUUUACAGGGAUGCAGACUAAAAAGCCAAUAUUUAUUUUUAAGUU